AUGCCCUAUUUGAAAUCUAAUUGUAAUGAUUUAGAUUAAAAUAUAAAUUCACAUGGCCUGGCAAAAUUAUCCAAGCCUAGGGUGGUUGAACAGCCGCAUAUUCCAGUCGUUGAUCAAGUAAAUCCUGAAAAUUUAAACAAAUACCUCAAUGAAUUGAAGAGUGAGUACGAGUAGAAAUGUCAGUUGCUCGAGUAAUUCAAGUCAGAGUUGGCGUAAAAUCAACAGUAAGCUUAGUAUCUUGAGCAGGCAGAGUAAAGCACAAUGUAAAAGCAAUCUCGAAUCAUGAAUACGACUUCAACAUCUAUGCAGAGGCAUUAGAAGUCAUUCACAACAACAUAUAAUGUGCACUCAAUCAAUUCAAUGAAAGCUUAUACUCCUUUCAUGUCGUUUAGAGUGAGUAUUACCAGUAAUGACAUCGAUGAGCUGAGUGAAAAGAUGAAUAGCUUGAUAAAUGGAAUUGAAAAAAUAUACUAGUCCUAGGAUGAAGUUGAUUUAUAGAUAGAUAUACUCAAGUACAUGAAGCUAGAACUGUAGAAGUAGAAAUAGUAUGAUCAUGUGCAAUUGAUGCAUUUACUUCCUGAUGUCAGAGAUAUGGGUCUUACCUUAGAAACGUUUUAGCAUGCUAAGUUUAUUAAUUAGACUAGAGUCAAUACUGCCCUGAGCGGAAUAAAUAAAUGCAAAAAUGAGAUCACAGAGUUCAACAUGAAUAAAGCUGAUAGAUUGAUAUAAAAGCGCUAGGAACUUCUGGACCAAGAAUAGGAACGCUAAAGCCUAGCUCAAGCAAUGUAGAAUAAGGAUUAACAGUUAGAAAUAGCCAAGAGAAGGUUGAGCUAUCUAAAGAGAGAGAACGAAUCUAUAAAGAUAGAAGACAUUAUUACUGCUUUCUUCAAUAAAAGAAACGAUGAGGAGAAUUUACUUAAUAAGUUAGACAUUCUGAAAUUUCUAAUGGAGUUUAUGAAAGAACGGAAAGAAAGUAAUGACUUCGCUUUUGAAUAGGAGUUAAGACUUGUUCCACAGUUUAGAAAACUUACAAUAUCUGUGAAACAAUCUCUAAAUUUCAAUGAUUAACUGCAGUUAUUAGCAUCUGGAAAGGUAUAAUUCGUCAAUCAGCCAUCUUAGUAGCUAAUAAGGAAAAAUUCUACUAGCUCCAAGUCUUCUCAAGCUACUUUAAACAAUAGUGCCAGCUCAGAUCAUCCAUAAUAGCAGAAUCAAUAAUAAUAAAAAGAUCCAGCUCUCAAAAAGAAAGAGAGAAGAGCAAUGGAAUAAACUAAAAACAUAAAGUUCAGGUGGAUGAAGUUUAAAGACAGUUUUUACUUAGAUGAAAAAAUGAUAAUACACCAGUAUGAGGAAGUAAUGAUUAAAAAUCAGUUUCUGAAUGUGAGUUUUGAUGACAUGACAUCAGAAAAGAAUAAAAGGAAACUCUUGCUUGAAGAUUUGUAAGUUGAAAGAGAUAAGUUGGAAAACUAACUACUAACCUCUAAAAAGCUAAUGUUACAUGAUCUGAAGCAAAAAAUCUCUUUAAGGAAGCAAUUCAGAAAAAAGAUAUUCCUCUUUCUCACUGAUUUAAUGAUAAAAAUCAGUACUAAACUUGACAAAGUAAGAACCUCAGCUCCAUAAGUAGAAUUCAAAAAGCUCUCUCAAAUUGUUAAAAAAUUCAUAGAAAAAGUAACUGAAAAAGAUAUCUAAAGACGAGAUAGUGAUGAUAAUCUGAUUGUAAGUAACCUAAAGAAAAGAAACUCAAAAAACUCAACUCCCCUAAGUAUGUUCCUGCAACCUAAAAGAGGCUCCCAAGAGAGAAAUUCAGUUAUGGAAACAGCCGAGAAAAUGCUUUCAUUAGAUGAGAAGAACCACUAGUAUCAGGAGAGAUAGGCUAGUAUGUCUGUCUACAGACUCAAUAAAAGUAGAAAAGGCAGUAAGAGACCGAAAAAAAAGUAUACUAAUAUUGCAGAUUAGAAUGAGAAUAUAUUAUUCGGGAAGGUGUAGGAGGCUCUUCGAGAUUAUCUUAAUAUCAUAGUAAACAUGGAUUAUAUCAAAGUGAUUGUUGUGGGGUUAAAAGAUCUAAUCGAAGGAGAGUUGAAUCAACAUUAAGAACUGCAAGAAACUUUAAACUUCAAUGCAGUAGUUUAGAAUAUGGACUUUAACAACAGAGGUCUGACUCCAAAAUAGUUUUACAGAGAGUAUAGUAAAUGUCAGAAAUUAUUCUAAAUAUAACCUAGAAAUAAAGCUAUUCAAGACUGGAAUUUUUAGGUUUUGUAAUAGGAUCAUCGACCUCUACUACUAUUUGAAAGUAGGUUCAAAUAGAAAUAUGUUGAGAUUGAUGAUAAUGUUUAAGAGGAGUCUUUUUCUAAAAAUCAAUACAAAAAGGUCAAAGAAGACAUCAUCAAGAAUAAGCAAGAAAAAGAAUUAGCCAUUUAAAGGCAAGAAGAAUAGAAGAAAAAGAUGGCAUUGAUUACACCAGCAUCGCUAAGAUUGAUGUCAGUCCCAACCUCAAAGUUUUCUCCAAUUCAGAACAAGGGAGACACUUUUAAGGAAAUUAACUUAAAGCUUUAGGAUUUCUAGAAGAAUGAAAUGAAAUUCUUAAAUAAGUUUGUUAAGGAGUGUGAUGAUGUGUCGCUAAAAAUAAAUAGAUUUACUGCAGCUGUCAUGCCAUCCAAUGAGAAAUUCAAUACUAUUAACAACAAUAACAACAAUAAAAAGGAUGUAACUCAUACUGAGGGAGGUCAUGAUUAUACAACAACUGGGUCAAAUCAAACUAAGAGAUCAGGAAAGUUCUCCACUGUUACUUUCAUGGGAAAUGAUGGAGUUAUCAGCAAGAGCAGAAGUCAUAUUGGGACUAAUCUUAUGGGAUCAAAACGAGAAAGUCAUUCAAAUGCUAGUAUUGGAUCCAGAGGUAGUCAAACCUUUUAAGCCAGUAUACAAUUCAAAUAUGAUAUGGAUUCGAUUGAUAUGCUAUCUUAAGAUAACAAGAAACCAGAUAGUAUUGCAGUUCAAUAAUUAGAUGAUUUACACCCAAAAACUAGUUUGUUCAACAAGGGCAACCUCAAGAUAGCAAAAACCAAUAGCACCUAAGAUCUCUAUAGCUCUCAAAAGAAAAAUAAUAUGAACAUUGAUGACUAAGGCAAAAGUGAAAUAUACUCUAGAGAUAACAAUCAGUUAACAGGAUCUAUUUUUAUCCAGAAUAAACAGAAAAAGUUGGAGAGAAAUCAAAGCUCAGAUAUUUUUGACAAAACCAAGAGUCCAAAUUUGACAAAGAAUACUUAGGAUGAAAUCACUCUGAACUAAACCGAUCAAGCAAGCAAUAAUAACAAUUAAAGAUUUUUUUCUCAAAGACUUGGGCUAUCCAGUCAAAAUAAAAUGAGAGAUCAAACUUAGUCAUUAAUUUCGCCAUAGGGUACAAAUAAUAUAGUACUAUUAUAAGAUAUGCUAAGAUCAGGCACCUCUCAUUAGAAUGUCAGGACAGAUAGACAUGCACAAAAGCCUCUUUACUACACUAGUUCAGUCAGUCAUCUUGAUAAUCUAUUCAACCCAGUACUUAGCAAUAAGUCUUAAAAGAACUAGAAAUCCAUUAACAUAAAUAGCUCACCAGAGUCUGUCUUGAUAUAAUAGAACGAUGUGAUUCUAGCUGAGUCAUCUAUGCCAAUUGAUCAGAGUAUAAGCAAAAGAUUGAUGAAUAUGAAUGCUUCCUAAAUUAGAUAGAGUUAUUCUCAAUAGCAACUUGGGAGUAUUAUAAGUCAACAGACUCAAUUUGCCUAUAUGCAAAAUUAGUUAAGUUAGCCAAAGCGAAGAAAGGGAAGCCUUCUAAAACAAAUUUAUAGAGAACAGGAUCUCAACUGA